UAGAAAACGAAAUCCAAGCAAGCAUAGGCCAGAUAUUCAGCCAUCUAGAACGUCUGGAGAUUUUGUCCAGCAAGGAGCCCCCUAACAAAAGACAGAAUGUCAAACUGCGUGUUGACCAGUUGAAGUAUGACGUCCAGCACCUGCAGACCGCUCUCCGAAACUUCCAGCAUCGGCGGUACACAAGGGAACAGCAGGAGAGACAGCGAGAGGAGCUUCUGUCUCGCACGUUCACCACUAACGACUCUGAUACCACCAUCCCAAUGGAUGACUCGCUGCAGUUCAACUCCUCCCUCCAGAAAAUUCACCACAACAUGGAUGACCUCAUUGGAGGAGGGCACAGUAUUCUGGAGGGACUGAGGGCCCAGAGACUGACCUUGAAGGUGGGGGCCCUUCUGGGGGACAGGGAAAAGGCCCCUUGUUUUGGCCUCAUCCAACGGUUUGGUACCUGCGUUUACAUUGCGGUUCCGUAUCCUCACAUUUUGAGAUUUUGAUGGAGUCUGGGAUCCGUCCUAUCAGAGCUGAAUUAUUGUGAGUCCACAGGUCACCACACUGUCUUCGCCAGGAGCUAUUUCUUGUGCGUACAGCGAAGCAUACUUUAGCAUCUCUCGGUGUCUAGGUCCUUUUCCAUUUACUGAACCUGUCAUGAAAGUGACUGCUACAAAAGGAACCAGUAAGACCAAGAAAUUCCACAAUUUCAGAAAUGACAGAAUCCACGAUUCUAAGAAGGCAGCUGCGGCCGUAUGGGGCACCUCCCCUUCCCAUGGCUUCCCAGAGA